AAUUGAGAAAAUUCAUCAAAGUUUACACUCAUAUGCAACAUUUACAUCUGGAACUCCGAUCAAAACGCAAACAUUACACGUUAAAUCCAGACUCAACCGAUUUCAUUCAUGACGACAUAAAUAUAACUUGCAAGCAGUUUUUCAAAGGUAAUGAUGUAUGAACUUCCCAUUCUUUAUUCCGAAAACAUCGCCACUCGCCUAUUCCUAGCGAAAACGCCCCUUUCAUCCAUUCUUCAUCCCUAUUUCAUAUGUCUCACUUGCACGCAUCAAUCAAUCUACAUUCUUCAAAUUCUCAAAAAGGUUCUAAUUCCCAAUUCUUCCACCUAUCUUAUCAGUUUAUAUAUCUACUCUAUCCAUCAAUUCAUCCCAAUCACCCCUCACCCAUCACCAAUUACAUCUCCCCUCUUUCGUAAAACGAAAUCUCAUCUGAUUUUGUAUCCAAUAUUAACAAUGGCUACCACACGCAACGGCACAGAAGAUAUCCACGCAGACCAUGGCGUAAAACCAAGUAUAGGAGCCACUUUACUCCGACUCCUCCAACUUAUCAUCGCAUUAGCAAUAUUAGGAAUGGCUGCUUUUGUCGUCGCAAAUGCCGCGUACUCAGGUGCUAUAUUGGCGAUUUUUGUCGUAUGUCUUCCUGCGAAUUCCCCUUUUUUUCAUUUUAUCUCUUCCAUUCCCAUAAUCCAAACCCACUAACCAACACAACCCAACCCAAAACCAGGCAAGCCUAACAACCCUCAUCCUCCUCUACACACUCCUCUCUUCGCACCGCCUCACAAACAUCUUCAAUAACUGGGCAAUCGCACUCCUGGAUCUUCUUCUUAUUAUUCUUUGGUUAGCUACUUGGAUCACGGCCGCGGUGCAAAUUCGUAGAUAUAGAUUCCGUUUUGGGUAUUAUGGGUGCGGAUGGUUUUUUUGUAGGAGGGAUUUGUUGGAAUUGGAGGUUAGAGAUGAGUUGAGUGGGGGAGGAUUACAGAAGAGAGAUACGUAUUGGAGGACUUGGAGAUCAGUUUUUAUUGCUGUUGCGGUUUUGGCGGCGGUGGAAUUGUGAGUUUUUUCUUCUUUUUUCUUUCUUCCUCUUUUUAAGUUUUCCCCCUUUUUCUCUCUUUCAUUAAAGAAUCUCACAUCCCGCUUUCUAUCUCUCCAUGAGAAAUGAGUGAGAAAUCCUUUAUCAUUCACUAAUAAAUUGGUAUAUAGCGCCCUCUUCGUAAUAAGUUUCUUCUACACCCUAGCCCGCAUCCUCAAUCAUCGGGAUAGACAUCACCACGGGGCCAGGGCUGCAGCUGCUGGUGCAGGCGUAGGCGCAGGUGCAGGUGCAGCAACACAGAAAAAUGCUGGGGAUAUGGAGAUGCAGAAUCAGGGGCAGGGCCAGGGGCACACGGGGUAUACUGGUCAAACGGGCACGGGGUAUACGGGUCAAACAGGUGCUGGGCAGACGGGGUACGGGCAGACGGGGUAUGGUACUGGUACUGGUGCUGGUGCUGGUGCUAAUCCAGCAUCUCCGGUUACGCAUCCGACCACUGGUGCUACCGGUGGUAUGUCGGGUACACAGGGUGCUGUUUAGAUAUUUACGACCCUACUUAGGUAAUUACUAGGGAGUGAUUGGAAUUCGAGGGAUACUAAAGGAUAUAUAGGGGUACGGGAUAUGAGGAUUUCUUUUGGAGGAUCUUUGGGAUAAUAUGCGGAUAAAAGGGUAUAUGAUAUAUGGUUUCGAGAGGGGAAAUAUAAUACUAGUUGGUAUGAGGAGUU